AUGAAGCUCCGCAACAAGGCGGCGGCGCUGCUCCUCCUCGCGCUGGCCGCUCUCCUGCUCGCGGGGCUGUCCCUGCGCGCCCGCCGCGCCGCACCCCCCUCGCCGCUCGCUCUCCCCGCGUCCGCCCCACCGCGCCGCCCCGCGCCGGCCCCCACGCGCCUCCCGGGCCCAGGGGCCCUCCCGGGGGCCGGCCAGAGCGCUCGCCGGCGCCGGCCUCCGCGUCCGCGCCCCCGAGCCAGCCGUCGGGGCGCCGCGAGCCUGAAGAAGUUGGCGAGGAGGCCUGGAGAACUCAGGAGUUUCCAAGCUGUGCUGCCCCGCGAGCUCUGGAUCCACCUGGCCGUGGUGGCCUGUGGCAAUCGGCUGGAGGAGACACUGGUCAUGCUCAAAUCGGCCGUGCUCUUCAGCCACAGGAAGAUGCAAUUUCACAUCUUCACCGAAGAAUCUCUGAAGCCUGAGUUUGACAAGCAGCUACGACAGUGGCCAGACUCAUAUACAAAGAAGUUUGAGUACAGAGUCUACCCCAUCACAUUUUCGGUUGGAAACCCUCAGGAAUGGAAGAAAUUAUUCAAACCGUGUGCUGCCCAGAGACUCUUUCUUCCGGUGAUUUUAAAGGAUGUGGACUCCCUUCUCUACGUGGACACCGAUGUUCUCUUUCUGAGACCUGUUGAUGACAUCUGGAAGCUUCUGAGGCAAUUUAAUUCCACACAGCUUGCGGCCAUGGCCCCCGAGCAUGAAAUCCCCAAGAUCGGCUGGUACAGCCGCUUUGCUCGGCACCCUUUCUAUGGCUCUGCGGGAGUUAACUCAGGGGUCAUGCUGAUGAACUUAACUCGGAUAAGAAGCGCCCAGUUCAAGAACAGCAUGAUUCCAACAGGCUUGGCUUGGGAGGACAUGCUGUACCCUCUGUACCAGAAGUACAAGAAUGCCAUCACGUGGGGAGACCAGGACUUAUUAAAUAUUAUUUUUUAUUUCAACCCAGAGUGUCUGUACGUGUUUCCCUGCCAGUGGAACUACCGUCCUGAUCACUGCAUGUACGGAAGCAAUUGCAGAGCGGCCGAGCGGGAAGGCGUGUCUGUCCUGCAUGGGAACCGAGGCGUCUACCAUGACGAGAAGCAGCCAACUUUCAAAGCGCUCUAUGAAGCAAUCCGAGAUUUUCCCUUUCAAGACAAUCUCUUUCAAUCCAUGUAUUACCCUCUUCAGCUGAAGUUUUUGGAGACUGUGCACACUUUAUGUGGACGAAUCCCACAAGUUUUUCUGAAGCAAAUUGAGAAAACCAUGAAAAGGGCCUAUGAGAAACAUGUCAUCAUCCAUGUUGGCCCGAACCAGAGGCGCUGAGUAUUUCCCGUUGUCGCAAGUCCAUUAGGCAUCUCAUGAACGAGGAAAUACUCCUCUUCAGGCUGCCUGGAUCUCUUUUACGUGAAUAUUUCAUGGUGCUCUAUGACAACUAAGUUUAAAAAGACUUGUUAAAUGUUGCUAAAUCAGUU